AUGGAUUCUGGCCGUUUUCUGGAUACCGGGGAGCCCCGUAGAUCGGUUCCAACUGCUCCGGAUUCAACUACGGGGACAGCCCCCACAACCCAGUUUGGAAACAUGACAAACCGGCCCGAAAAUCAUGUCCAAACACGGCCUCAGGAUGCACACACUGACUCACGGCAAGAAGAGCGCGAUACAACUAUGGUUGAUGAGCGCGAUACAACCAACGUUGAUACAACCAUGGUUGAUGCGGUCGAGGAAGAAAAUGCACAAAUUGAUUCACGGCAAGACGAUCGCGACACAACUAUAAUUGACACAGUCGAGGAAGACAAACAGAACAAUACAAAUGCUGGCUAUUCGGUGGAUUUGUCAUGCCUAUCUGAUGCAACAGAUGUGCCAGCGUCGCAUAGCCAGACUGGUAACGGACCAUCUGCCACUGUCGGAUUGAACAGCUUUCCUCCCGCAUUACUUCGGUCUCAAUCGUCACGACAUCGAGCCCGGUUCGAUCGCUCAUGGCUCCUCCCUGACCGGAAUCUCCCACUCAAAGCUCAGAUUAUGGAGCAUGUGAAGGACUGGGCAGAAUUGGGCUCCAUGAUUGAAAAUGACCAACGCCGCUAUGAAGUGCUCGAUCGUGCUUUUUUGACAUUGAGAAAUGUAUGGUGCGAAGCGUUGCGUCAGGGUCUUGUUGCAAGCAAUGACUCCGCUCCAAUGGCGGUAGAGUCAAUGCCACAGUCAAACAGAACUGGCUCUGGCAGUCAGAUGGGAAGCAACUCCGCUGCUAUGGUGACAGGGUCAAUACGCCAGACAAGCAGAACUGGUCCGAACAGUCAGACGGGAAACAACUCCGGCCCUGAACGCCCUGCAAAUACAGGAAAAAUACGUCAGCGACCUUCCCGCGACCCAAAGUUAUACUUCCUACACAAGACAGAUCCACGGGACACAUACACUCGAGCAGUAACGUUCGGAGAGCUGGAAGAGGCAGGCGUGUCUCCCGAGCUCAUUCGCCAACGCGCAGAAUCCGGCGAUCUCCAAGGGGGCGACGAGCUCCUGGACGCUGUUCUCAAGCAUCUCGGGAGGAGAGACAUACGUAAAAUGGAUUGGUUCCGCCUCACUAGGUCGACCAAUUCGAAUUUGUCUGGCCGAAAUCUCAUGCUCUGGGCUCUCCAUGAAGUUCAACUGUUGCGGCAGAGCAUGAAGCAACUUGAAUCAUUCUAUCAAAAUUUCAGCCAGGAUCGACAACGGCAGAACACCGACAAGCGCAUUAAAGAGGAAAAGGAGCGGCAUGACCUCCUUAUGGCGCUGGCUUUGGAACUUGACAAGGUAUCGCCUUGGUCUAUAGCCAAAGACAAGCCCAUGUACGGCACUGGAGUCUCCAGGUUCGCACUCCUUCCUCCUCCCUCACAGCAGACUUUAAACAUGGCUGCCGUUGCACCGGCGACAGACAUGUCAUCUCGUGAAGAGCGCAGCCGAAAACGUCCUCUCACUUCAGAAGACGUAGAUGUGGUGGACAUUGAGGUACUACCACCAACCAAAAAGCAGAUGACUGAACAAGCUGGGGGCAUGGUCAAACAGCGUCCGAAAUCAUCUGACGGUGCUGUGGGCAAUGAACCGACCGAUACACGACCCGCUCUGCAGGGCGAGCAAAGCAAGACGAACUCAGCCGAUCAACCAGCCAGACCCAAUCGAGGGAGUGUUGCAGCAUCAAAGGGAGCUGGCGUCGGCGAACGGACUGGUCCUUCUCUCAUUGCCAAGCUCAAGGAUCCAUCAGGCUCCCACCCCGAGGAACGGUUGAGCGAAAAGCUUUAUGAGCACAAAGGGUUUCGGUUUCAGUAUGCAACGGAUUCGACCAUGGCAGAGCGGGAAGCCAUGGACGAGGUUCUCGAUACGUUUGUGCGUAAGCAAGCCAAGGCGUACAAAGACUGGGUGUCCAACACGGGGCCUAAAGCUCGUUUCAAGCAGUUUCAUACGCUCUCACAUCCUGAUGACCCGCGAGGAAAGACGAUCAUUUCUGGGGUAUGGGGUAUAACAGUUGGCAGCGGUCCACCGACAGGUUCUCCAGACAUCUCCUCUACUGCCAACGGCAAGAAGCCUGACAGCAUACCUGACAAGUCAACCGCAUCCGAAGUCAGCAACAAUGAUACUGACAAAGAUGUCGAGAUGCACAAUACAGAUUCAGCAGCAGCAAACCCAACUGGAGGCAGAGCUUCGGCCAAAGUCAGCAGCAAUGAUAAAGACAAAGCUGUCGAGAUGGACAAUACAGAUUCAGCAGCAGAGCCAACUGGAGACAAAGCUUCGACCGCAGUGCCACCACCAGAUCCAGCUGAAGACAAAGCUUCGACCACAGUGCGUCCACCAUCAGAUCCUCUAGUCAACAAAUAUGCAAGAGAGGCCAUUCGCCUGAAACUGAGGCGCGCCACCCGUGGUCAGAAUUGGACUGUGGCCAACAAUGACAAUGACAAUAGCAAUGGCAACAGCCACAACGGUGACGGUAACCGCAAUGGCAGUAAUGCCGAAACCGAUACCGCUGCCGGCACUCGCACUCGCACUCGCACUGGCACUGAUACUGAUACUGCCACGAAGAGAGCAAACCGCACUGCUAGACGAGUCAAACACUACACAGGCAAGGUCGCCGCGGCUGCUGCUGCUAAAACCUUUGCACCCUCGCCCUUGUCGCAAUCCACGACUGCCACUGAUCUUACUUCUUCUUCUUCUUCUGCAGGUAGAGGUGUGAGAAGAAGCAGACGUCAAACGAGGAAGAGAUAUGCCGAGGUAUUCUUGGAUGACGAUGAGGACGAGUACCUGCCUUCCGAGCCUUCUGAUUAA